AUGGUCCACAGUAACGCGUGUUCACUAGCCCUGUAUUCCGAGGUGGUGCCGGCGUCUGGCGGCAUCACGCUUAGCGUCGCGUCGCUGGUCGCCCGCGGCACCGGGCAGCGCAGUGUGACGCUGGCGUCUAGGUUCUGGUUGAUGCUGCAGAACACGUUGAUGGUGACGCUCGCCUGCAUUGACGUUAACUGUGUGGCGGCUCCAACUACCGAGUCCUUGUUUAAUUCAAUCGCCGCCUUCACCUUAAACGGCAGCACCGCGCUUCCUGACAUGCGGUAUGUCAUGAGCGUGAACUCGCCCUCCAUGGGCGUGAACGAGAGCACGCGCGACUUCUCGAACUCCGAGGUGUCGACGCUCUGGUGCAGGUUGCAGAAGUCCAGCACCGGCACGUUUGGCACCUUUCCGCGGCGGCUGUUGAUCACGAUUCCCUCGUUGAGCGCCAGCUUGACCGGCGGCGACCCCCGCAGAAAGCUCUUGACUUGGAUGUGCCCAUCGACGGUGACACUCCUGUAUGUCUCGUCGGCACCCAGGACCGCCGACAGCUUCUCCACGACGUCCACAAAUAUCUCGCUGCCACGCGUAGAACCGCCCGCGAGCGGUCGCUGCGAGACCACGCUGGGCAGCGUCAUCGGGUACGCCAAAGCGUUGGAACGCAUUCCCACCUGCCGCAACUUUACGAAUGCCGGUGCCAAACUCACCACUGGCCGCGAGUGCGUUGCGGGCAUGACCGCCACAUUGUAG